CUAAUGUUCCCAUGGAUAGCCCACGGCCACCUCUUCCCCUUCCUCGAACUAGCCAAGAAGCUCUCUUCUAGAAACUUCCACAUCCACUUUUGCUCCACACCGAUCAACCUCGACUCCAUCAAAACCAAUUUGCCAAACUCGAUCGAGCUAAUCGAAUUGAAUCUCCCAUCACUCCCCGAUCUCCCACCGCACUACCACACAAACAAGAACGUCCCUCCCCACCUCAUGCCCCUCCUCCUCCAGGCAUUCCAGAUGUCGGCGCCCGUGUUCACCGGCAUCGUCGCCAGCCUCGACCCCGACUUGCUCAUCUACGAUGCGUUCCAACCGUGGGCCGCCAAGGCCGCCGCCACGUACAGCAUCCCGGCCGUCUUCUUCUCCACCGCGAAUUCGGCCUCGAUGGCCUUCUUCCACCACAUGUACACGCACAAGAACUGCGAUUCUUUCCCGCAUCAGGAGAUUAGGCUAAGGGAAUACGAGCUGAGGGAUUUGAUCGCGCAGAGCAAGUAUAUGGAGGAGGUUCAGGGCAAGGAUGAAGGGUUUGCUUUCGGGGUUUUGAGGUUGUCGAGUGAGGUUGUGUUGGUGAAGAGCUGUGGUGGGAUUGAGGACAAGUACGCGGAGUAUCUCUCGAAAUUGAGCGAGAGGAGGGUUUUGUUUACCGGCGUCUUGGUUGCGAAGCCGGAGAGGGAGGGUUUGGAGAUCAUGAAAUGGUUGAAAGAGAGAAAGCCACGGUCGGUUCUCUACAUUUCUUUUGGGAGUGAGAAUUAUUUAUCUAAGGAGCAAAUGGUGGAGAUGGCAAAAGGGUUGGAGAAGACUAGUGUUGGCUUUAUAUGGGUGGCGCGGCCACCUGCCGUGGAGCUGCCGGAGGGGUUUGAGGAGAGGACGAAGAAAAGAGGGGUGGUGGUGAGGGAGUGGGUCCCGCAGGGGGCCAUCUUGGCGGACGAGGGGGUGGGAGGGUUCGUGACGCACUGUGGGUGGGGCUCGGUUUCUGAGAGCGCGUGGUUUGGGGUUCCGGUGGUGGGGAUGCCGUUGAAGUAUGAUCAGACGGUGAAUGCCAGGAUGGCGGUGGAGGCCGGGAUUGGGGUGGAGGUGGCGAGGGAAGGGAACGGGGAGAUUGAGGGUGGGGCGGUGGCGGAGGCGGUGGAGAAGGUGAUGGGGGAGGGAGGGGAACUGUUUAGGAGGAGGGUUGGGGAGUGGAGGAAGAAGAUGGAAGUAGAGGAAGUUGGGGCCAUUGAUCAAGUUGUUAAGGAGCUGUCAAGGUUAUGUGCCAAUAAAUGA